ACAUCCAAUAAUUAUUCGUGAGGCAACAAUUCGAAGAAUAAUCGAGACUUUUCCAGAAAAACAAACUCUAGGAUAAGAUAAACAGCCAAUACGAUUACUUGACCGACUAUCAGUCUGAGAGAAAACUCCUCAACUGGCCUAAACCCGGCGACACAGUCGUUUUAGCAGCCAUUUGUCUUGUGGAACCAACAGGGAUCGACAUUUCUCCAAAACGGAUCUACAUUUUCUGAAAGUAUGAUGGCCAUCUUUAAACGGGAUCAACUGAAAACCUAUGUGGUGGCGUGCGCCUUUUUAGGACUCUGUGGCUGGAUGGCUGUUCUGCAAACGAGAUAUGAACGCAGGAUAAAGCUACUUGAAGAAGAAGGAAGUGUUCGGGUGAAACGUAGUGCCGGAUCCUCUGGUCAAACCGUUGGUGGCGCUACGUACAUUCGCUGGGGUCGUACGGUUUGUCCAGCUGAUGCAGAAUUAGUAUAUGCAGGUUACGGAGGAGCUCAGUACUGUACCCAUGUAGGUGGCUCUGCCGAGUAUAUCUGUGUAUCCGACAAACCGGAAUACGCCUCAAAGACGGCUGCAAGUGAAGACGACCGGGCAUGGCUGCACGGUGUCGAACUCCAAGUAUCUGGCACGAAUUUCUUUAGCACUGCCAACGCUGAUCCGAAUGGGCUCCAUAAUUCCGAUCUCCGAUGUGCAGUAUGCAGGAAUAGGGUUCGCUCUAGCAUGGUGAUGAUUCCAGGAACGAAGUCAUGCCCAGGUAACUGGCAGCAGGAGUACUGGGGCUACCUGAUGACGGGACAUUACAAACACAAGGCUUCCUACAGCUACGCAUGCGUGGAUGAUGCACCAGAAGCUGGGGGUGAAAAUGGCGCCAGAAAUGAUGACGGAGGACUGAUGUACCACGCACAGGGUUCGUGUGGCUCUCUGCCAUGCCCUCCGUACGUCCAAGGCUUCGAGAUGACAUGUGUUGUUUGCACAAAAUAGAGAAUUCCAAUCGUUCAAUCGGCCUGAGACGACACCACCAUUUGCCUUUAACACGUUUUCUAUUAAAGACGAAAUUCGCGCUCCUCGAAUUAUAGGUUUAAGUUGAGGACGGAGCUUUUGAUAUGUCUUUCUGCUUGGUUCGAGCUAUUCAGAAACGGAAAUUAAACGCCACGACUCCAGGUAUUUUGCCAUUUUCUGCUGUAAGACGAUUUCAAAAGUGCACCUGACAAUUUAUACAAUACAGAAAACCCCAUGCAAUUUGCUCCAUCCAUUUUGAAGAAGCCAUGUAUGUGUUUGACAACUACAUUACCUAAUCAGACUAGCAACUGGCUUGUUAGAGCUAGGCGGCGGGUUCACCAAAAGUUGUGAUGUAGAUCAGGCUAUUGCCCUACUUGGGAAGACAAAUAUCAAUUAUUGCUCUUAAAAUUGAUACAUGAAGUAUAUUUUUCAUUGACAUUUUUCAAUGUUCAGUUAUGAUAGCAUACUGUUGCCCAUGAUAAAUGAGUUUAUUGUAGUCCAAAAAAUAAAUUAAUCUAAAUUUUUAAUUUUUGGUAAAACCGGUCAUAUUUAUUUGAGAAGCCAAAUCUCACAUCUAGAAGUGUUGAUAAUGUAAAAAUCCAUCAUCCAAAUAGAAAGAAAAGGAGGUCACCACCUUCUAGAUUUUUGAAUAAAAUAUGCCUAAAUGUGAAAAUCCAGCAUCCAGAAAAUUCCUGCUAGUUUCAAUACAAAACGCAUAAACUGCCACCUGUUAUGAACAUGAUACACUGAUUAUAUGGUGCACUCUUGCAGUCAGUUGCAAUCAAUGAAUCAUGUUUCAGUUCACCUAUUGUCAUUAUUACAAGACAAAGCCAUCGCACGUUAAGCGAUUCAUUAUUGCAGCUACAGUAUUCAUUAAUGGGUUGCAAAGAUUUGCAAAGCCCUUUUACAAGUAUCUCUCACUCAUUAGCAAAUACAUAAAGUAGUUGCAAUGCAUCGCAAAUAGAACGCUUACUGAGCGAUGGGUUGCAACUCUAAUUACUUAGGUGUAUCUCAAUAGAAAAGGUGAUUUUAAAUGAUUUGAAUAAUUGAUGAUUUCGAUUUUACCCAAUACCACGCAGUUUAGAGAAUUCAGACCUAGCCGAAUGCACGGUCUAUUUGUCUCCUUAAAAACCCCGCUCUCGCCUCAGCUAAUAUUUUCAUUAUUCUACUGUCACAUCAAAGUGUUAUCAGGGCAAACCUUGAUAUCAUCGACCACCACGAAAAAGCUUCCAUGGGAUCGUUAGGCCUAAACCGACAAGGGCAAUUAAACGGUAAUGAAUAGUCAUAUAAAACAAAGCCGGCAAAGGUUUAAUAAAGUGUGUGUAACCAUAGCUGACAUAGCGUGUGAAUCUCGAUGUCCUUGAAAAAUACAUGUACUAGGUAAAUAAAUAAAAGGAACUGGCAAUAGCCUGCAUGUCAAUAAUCACUUCAUUCUUGACCUGUAAGUAUUCAUGAAGCAGAAAAAAACAGCCCUAGCUAAUAGCGUCAUCUUGGAACCACCAAGGUUUUUACCUGUCAUCGAUUUCAAACUAUAUUAUCACUGUUCAUUGAAAAGGAGUGUGAAAAUAUGAGAAUCAGAUUGAUAUAGCGUGUAAUCUCAUCGUUCAUGAAAAUUAUCUCAUAAUCAAACGGAACAAACUGCCAAUAGCUUGUAUAGCGUGAAAUCUCAUUCUAGAAUAUUAUCUAAUAAUCUAAUGAACCAACCGCCAAUAGCUUGUAUAGCUUUUAUUCUCGUCCUUGAACAUCAUCAUUUUUCUAAACAGCAAUAGCUUGCUAAUAUAGCAUGUAAGUGUCGUCUUUCGUGAACAUUAUCAACAGAUAUAUUCUAGUCAAAUAAAGCAAAUAAGCCCUAGUGGCUUG